AGACGCAGCAUGGUGUUGUCAUCGUCGGUGCAGGCGUUGGAGGGCUUACCAUGGCCAUUGCGCUGAGGGAGAAGCUGGGCUACAAUGACUUCGUAAUUUUCGACAGAGAAUCAGAUGUGGGUGGUACAUGGAGGGUCAAUACAUAUCCUGGUUGUGCCUCAGAUAUAUGGGUACAUUGGUAUUCCAUGUCGACCGACCUCAACCCGGAUUGGAGCCACUCCUUCGCCACCCAACCAGAACUCGAAAAGUAUCUCCUCAAUGUAACCUCAAAGCACUCGCUCCGACCCCACUGCGUCUUCGAUACCUCCGUCGUCGCGGCUGAAUGGGAUCCUUCCAGGAAGCACUAUCUCAUCGUGACCGAGGACGUUCGAACCCACAAGCGGAGGUACACUACGGCGAAGGUCUUGGUGUCUGCCAUCGGGAUCCUGUGCGAGAGGUUCGUGCCGAGGAUUGAAGGGAUCGACAUGUUCACAGGAACGCUUUUCCACUCGGCAAAGUGGAACCACGAUGUCAGCCUGCAGGGAAAACGGGUGGCCGUUAUAGGGAACGGAUGUUCCGCUGCGCAAAUCAUACCGGUGAUCUCAGAAGACCCUUCCGUCCAAGUUGUCAAUUUCUGUCGAACACGCAUGUGGUAUCUCGCCCGCCCCGGACAAGGAGCUUACUCUAACCUCUCCAAAUGGCUGUUCUCAACUUUCCCAAUUAUCAUGAAACUCCAUAGGUUCUGGGUCUAUUUAAGCUAUGACAUCCAGGCGGUAAUCACGCGUCAAUCUCUCGUCAGCAGAUACCUCGCCUGGGUAAUGACGCGCCAUGUACGGGCCACAGUGCCACCUGUGUAUCACGACAAUCUCAUUCCAGACUACGUUCCCGGCUGUAAACGCUUGGUUCUCGACGCUGGAUAUCUCUCGUCACUCCGCCGACCCAACAACUCCAUGAACUGGGACGGUAUCGAGAGGAUCACCGAGCAAGGCAUUGUUACAAAGAAAGGGGAGCAUAUGCCUUUUGAUGUUAUCGUCUUAGCCACUGGCUUCAUCACGGAUAAAUACGCGCUUCCCGUACGAGGACGUACUCGCCAAACAGUCGACGAGUACUACGGUUCGAAAGGUGGUCCGACAGCCUAUAUGGGCACCGCCGUCCCCGGUUUCCCCAAUCUCGUUCUUUUGUCUGGACCCAACACGACGACCGGCCACAACUCCGUCAUAUUCUCCGAAGAGAUUCAGGUCAAAUACGCUCUCCAACUCCUGAAACCCAUACUCUCCGGCUCCCUUUCUUCCUUCGAAGUCACCGCCGACGCCACAGACUCCUACAAUGAUCUCCUCCAAUCAAGUCUCGAAGGUUCUGUGUGGACGCAAUGCGACUCAUGGUACCGCGCCGGGACGGAAGGCAAGAUUUUCAGUACUUUCCCGGGACCUCUCGCGAAGUAUUGGUGGUGGCUCAGGCGGCCCAGGUGGAAUGACUACGUCUUCGAAGGGAAGGACAAGACGAGUUGGUUGAGGCGGAAGAGGAUUGGGGAGGCGGUGAGGACGGUUGUGAAGGCGGGAACUGUGGCGGGAUCGGCGUGGGUGGCGCUGAAGAUGAUACGGCAGACGGAAGUUGGAAGUCAGCUGGCGAGCUUGUCGAUGCUAUAAUAGAGGGUGGUCGCUUGUUUUCCUUGUAACGUGUAUUGUUGGUUAUCCUGUGCUAUCUUCAUUGUUCUUUUUCGUCGCUCUUUCCUUCUCAUCUCCUGUACGACAACGAAUAUAAC